AUGGAUGAGGAGAAGCUUCGCCAACACAUCAUCGAGCAAAACGCCAAAAAAGCGGAAGCAGCACGAUUGCGCUAUCACCGAAUGACUGACGAAGAAAAACGCCUUUAUAACCAGCGACGUACGGAAGCUUUCCGUCGGCGGCGUGUUGAGGAGGAACUCCUGCUAUCAACACCGGCUGGACGCAUAAGUGCCGAAGCGCUGAACAGAGCACAACAAAUUAUGAUUCGAAAUGCGAAGAGGGCCGAAGCUGCACGCUUGCGAUAUCAACGGAUGACGCCCGAACAACGGCGUGCUUAUAAUCAGAAGAGAUCUCGCGCAAAAAAGGAACGUGAGCGAGUGAUGCGCGCAGCAUCAGGUCCCUUUUUCUUCCUUAAUUUACACUUUUUGCAUCGAAAAAGGCAAAACUGCUUGAACGAAAUGAAAGGAAAGAUCAAGAAAACAAGAUGUGAAAAGAGAUAG